GGGCUUCUCCGGAGUCCCCGCCCCUCAUAGCUCUUAGCGUUGUUAGGGGACGGUAGGAAGAUGGCGGCGGCCCCGCUGUACUGUGUCUGCCGGCAGCCCUACGAUGUAAACCGGUUUAUGAUCGAGUGUGAUAUCUGUAAGGACUGGUUUCACGGCAGCUGUGUACAAGUAGAGGAACAUCAUGCUGUUGACAUUGAUCUUUAUCACUGUCCAAACUGUGAUGUCAUACAUGGACCCUCCUUAAUGAAAAAACGUAAUAACUGGCAUCGGCAUGAUUAUACUGAAGCUGAUGAUGGCACAAAACCAGUACAAGCUGGUACUUCAGUGUUCAUCAGGGAUCUUCAAGAACGACAAUUUCCAAGUGCUGAAGAAGUAAUUAUCAAGAUGCAGGGAAACCAAGUUACACAGCAAUAUCUUGAGAAGCAAGGGUUCGCGUAUCCCAUCAUGGUGUCUAAGAUGGAUGGUCUUGGUCUGAAGUUGCCUUCCUCUUCUUUUUCUGUGAGAGAUGUGGAACACUAUGUUGGUGGUGAUAAAGUGAUUGAUGUCAUUGAUGUGGCCAGGCAAGCUGACAGCAAAAUGAAACUUCAUGACUUUGUUGAGUAUUAUUAUAGCUCAAAUCGGCCAAAAGUGUUAAAUGUCAUCAGCCUUGAAUUCUCGGACACCAGGAUGUCAGACUCGGUGGUUAUUCCUGAUAUUGCACAGAAGAUGUCCUGGGUAGAGAAUUAUUGGCCUGAUGACUCUGUCUUCCCUAAACCUUUUGUUCAGAAAUACUGCCUAAUGGGAGUGAAGGAUAGUUAUACUGACUUCCACAUUGACUUUGGGGGAACGUCUGUUUGGUACCAUGUACUAUGGGGUGAAAAGAUUUUUUACUUGAUAGAGCCAACCCAGGCAAACCUUGCACUAUAUGAGGCAUGGAGCUCAUCCCCGAAUCAAAGUGAAGUGUUUUUUGGGGAUAAGGUGGAUAAAUGUUACAAAUGUGUUGUGCGGCAGGGAACAACUCUUCUCAUUCCUACAGGAUGGAUACAUGCUGUUCUAACGUCUCAGGAUUGCAUGGCGUUUGGGGGUAAUUUUCUACAUAACCUUAAUAUAAGCAUGCAGCUCAGGUGUUAUGAGAUGGAGAGGAGACUAAAAACUCCAGAUCUAUUUAAAUUUCCUUACUUUGAGGCUAUCUGUUGGUAUGUUGCCAAAAAUUUGCUGGAAACCCUAAAAGAACUAAGAGAAGAUAAUUGCCAACCACCAGCCUAUUUGAUAGAGGGAUUAAAAGCUUUAACUACUGCACUGAAAUCGUGGCUAAAGAGAGAGAUAAAUGAACCUUACAGUGAAGUUCCAGACCAUAUCAGGCCUGGCCAUCUCAUCAAGGAGCUCACUAAAGAAAUCCGAUAUCAGGAGGAGGAUCACAAUGGAAACAAAGCAAUUAAAUCUCAGGGUACAGUUACACGGUCAACACUGGAGAGAGGUUCUACUUCUCAUGCCCGACGAAAUGCUCGGCGGCUCAGAGACCAUGGAACUAAAACGCCUUCAAACCUUGAUAUUUUGGAGUUGCACACACGUGAGGUGCUACGGAGGUUGGAGAUGGCCUCAUGGGAUGAGGACAUCUUGUACAAUUCAAGUAUAAAUGGCAAAUUUAACAAGAUCUUCCAGGCUUCUGCAGCAGCUUCUGAAAGAAAAAAACAUGACAAUAAUAUUCGUUUGGUUCUCUCCAAUGGAAAAAUUGUUAAAGAUGAGCGACAUCAGGUAGCAAACAAAAGCCUGUUUACUGCUGACCGCAUGCCUGUGGAUGUCAAGGAGAAGACGGAAGAGGUGCUGAAGAUUAAAGAUGAAGAGGAAGAUUUGGAAAUAGAGCUGGAGAAGAGGAAGAGUAAAACAAAAGAAAAACGAAAACCAUUGAACAUGUUUUUUGAAAGUGUUAAAUCAGAACUCAGGAAUGGAGUAUCAGGACACUCUGACUUGUCAGAUUCGGAAGUAGAAUCCGAAGAUAAUUUCUUGCCUCAGCGGAAACAUUCUUCUGAAGAAGACACCAACAGUUCGUCAGAGGAAGCUGAUGAGGAGGAAGUGUCCUCCAACAGGAAAAUCAAAAAGGAUCCAGGAGAUGAUAUGGAUCUGUACCAGGCUAUUCAGAAACACGAAGACCAAGAUAAUCCACUGAAAAGAGAACGUCCUACCUCGCAAAGUAUGGAAGAAGAAGCUAUUCAGGGCAUGCUGUCUAUGGCAGGAUUGCUUUACCCCAAUGGUGCACCUAGCCAAAAAGAAGUGAUCAGGGACGCAUCUGGUGCUCAUAGAAAAAAAGAAUUUGGGGACGAAAGCCAAGACAGAUCUUUAGGGCCUCAUUUGCCUAAUGCAGCUGUUCGGCUGACCUACCAGGAUGAAAUAGAAGUUCGGAAACACAUUAGGAAAGAUUGCACUGCAGAACUGAGCCAGAGAAUCCAGGAAAACAAAAACUUCAUGGACAGUCAGAGCAGCAGUAAUAGCAACAGCAGUGACUGUUGGGCCAAUGACAGGUACUCGGUGAGCACGUUCUCCAACUCCUCCAGCCCUCUAGGAGACGACGGGGUACAAAUCCCAGAGUUCCAGUACAGUGAAUCGUCUCUGUCGCCUCCACUGCACCCGUCAAAGAGGCCAGCCUCAAAUCCCCCACCCGUCAGUAAUCAAGCUACAAAGGGGAAGCGUCCAAAAAAAGGAAUGGCAACUGCAAAGCAAAGACUGGGAAAGAUCCUGAAAUUAAAUCGGCAUAGCCGCUUUUUUGUCUAGGAGCACUGGCAAAAUGAACUGGAAGAGAAAUGCUUGUGUUUCUAGUUUUUCUGCCCUGUGAUUGAGAGACACGCAUGUACUGUAGAAUCACUGCCUGAGCAACACAAGUAAUCCCCCCCCUUUACACUACAGGUCCACUUUGCAGGAGGACCACAUAGAUUGGAAGAGUUGACUAUGGACACGUUAAAAGAAUAAAAAAGACCCUUAUUACAAAAUUGACCUAAAGUAAGAUCAGAAGCUUCAAAUGCCAGAACAAGUCAUUGUUUAAAAUAUGGAACACAGUGAAUCUGCUCUCAGCCAUUUGGUUUUUUUUUUGUUAAGGACGCAAUCUGUUUUGCUCGGUAGGCUAUGCAGGCAUAGGCUGAUUUGUUGUAACGACUUCCUUCCCUUGGAACCUGCUGUGAUGAGAUCUGUUUUUUUUUUUUUUUUUUUUUUUUUUUUUUUUGUCACAACUGCAAAAAACAAAAACAAAACAACAAAAGCAGCUGUCCUGACCUGCUGGCUACUGUACAGAGACAUGGAGCAGCUUAUCCAAAGCUCCUUUGUACAUUUCUGGAUUGCUUCCCAGUGGAGUUCAGUAGUGGCGGUGCUGAGUGUUCUGUGGCCAUGAGGGUGCAGCUUGUGCUGAAGGUGCUUUUUCUUCCUCAAUCCCCUCGCCCCCCUCCUGCUUAUUGAGCAUUCAUGCCAGCAAUAAGAGAAAAGAAAAAGGAAAAAAAUGAAGACGUGCCUUGAAGGGCACAGCACUCCCAGACUGCAGAACUCCAAGCUUUGGGUUUCCAGUAUUCCUUUGGCUUUCUUGAAGAUAAAAUUACUCUUUGGUUUUUCUUGGGGUCUUGUGGAAUGUGGAAGCCAUACUUCCUUAAAUGAUCAUAUUUAAGUUGUGCACUAGAAUCUGUGGAAAAGUUACAAAUAGAAAACUUUUGAAUUUUGCUUCCCAGUUGCUUAAUGGCUUUAUAAUUCACUGCAGGUAAAUUCUGGAUUAUCAGGCCCGUUUCUGCAUAGGAAGCUGUGUGACUUGCACAGCCGAUGUUCAUAGGAAUUGGGCAAAACGAGCCCACUGAGCUCCUGGAGGGCCGAGUCCAGAGGACACCGCACUGUAGCACUGACGUGUUCAUGCAGGAUUCCCUUUUUAUAUCCCAAAAUGUACUUCUGGGAGUGCUGCUGUUGGGCAACUGUAGAUUAGUUUAAACAAAAAAAUAAACAUACAGUUAAAGGUUUACUUAAAUUGUUAGUGCAGGUUUUAUAGGGUGAAUUAAAGGGAAAAUAUUUCCAGCUAAUUUAUUUCAGUCCUAAUUUUGAGGGUUGUUUUUCUGUUUUCUUGGCUUUGAAUUGACUAUUUAUUGAUGAGGUGAAAACUUAUUUAAUGUGAAGGCUUUUUAAUUUUUUAAAAUUUGCAUUGUUGAAACCUUGUUAAAAUUUUUGCGGGAGCUUCUUCUUUUAUAGAAAUCUAUAUAUCAGAUCUGUAAAAAUGUUUUCAGCUGCUUUACAGAAGUGAUUCUUUAUUUUUGUUUGUUUGUUUCCCGUUUCUUUGGUGGCAUUACAAAUAUUAGUAACGGUCCGUAUGUCUACUUGUGCUUUCUUGGACAUAACGGCAAGACUGUGCUUUUUGUCCACACCAGAGUAUUCAACUUCAAGGCAUCUCUUCCCUGACUCCAGUAGUGACAAAGGGACAGCUGAGUGACACUUGGACUUUUGAUAUGAUGGCUGCCUGGUAUGCUUGCCGCUCCGAGGUAUUUGAUGUUACUGUUUGUCCAAAGCUCACUGAAAGCAAAAAUGUGCUCGCUCUUUUAGUUUACUGGUCUUGCCUUUGCAGGAUUGCCUCAUGUAUGUUCACAGCCUCCUGCUGUCCUUCCAAAGGUGACGUCACGUUGGUGUUGGCUCCCUCAGUGAGGGGCUCGCACAUACAAGUCCACAGUAGCUUGGCUGUCAUUUUCUUUACUUGCUUUCAGUUUACCUCAGGUCUCCACACCUCACAUGCAGAAAGCUUUUUGUGAAGCAGUAUUUUUUUUUUAAUAUAGAUGUACACAAGCAAAUAAUAAUAAGCUGAAACAGUCAUGGUGAGGAAAAUUCAAGUAUUGAUGAGAAAACAAAAGCAGUUGUGUUGAUUUGUACUUGUGCCAAGAGCUCAGCAGUGACAGGUGGAGGUCAGCGCUAGUGAGGUGACCUGCCACAGAAUGUCACCAACUGCUCUCACGAGGUCAAAACUGGUGAGGUGAAAUGGGUGAAAAGACGGGGACAUUGCUUUGUUCCUUACUUCAGGUGGUCUUGAUGUGGGCAGCAAAGAGUUUGAUUUGUAAAUACACAUGGCCCUUUAAGAAGUUCCUCACAGACACGAGACACCAAAAAUCAGAAUACAGUCUAAUCCUUGAAACUGUCCCCUCACCCAGUCUUCCCAGUCUGCUCGGUAACCCUUCCAUUCCCAGCUGCCUUGAUGGAUUUCUUGAAAUGAAUUCCCCGUGUCCAGUCCAUGUCACUUGAAUUUCAAAAUGCUUUGACCAAUACCUCCUGACACAUUUGCACAGUUUAUCUCCAGAAGGAUUGGGAAGAAUCUGAUUUCAUGAGAUGACUCUCACAGACCUCCCUUUUGAGCUCCCCACAUUUCUGACUCUGCAGUAAUAGACCCACAAGUCCCACUAACAGUCAUGUUAAAAUGUCUGAGGUGUGUGUGUAGUAACCGUCCUGCAUGUCUCGUGUCGUGCAGUGGGAACACACACAUGCUGCCUAUACAAUAGUUAUCUCUGUAGAAAUUGCAAAUCCAAUAUUUUUUUUUUCACAAAGGGCUCUUUUCUUUAGGAAAUGCUUUGUGGUCCUAUUUUUACAGUUAAGUGUAGGAUGCAACCUGAAAUCUUUAUUUGUAGUGUUUAGGUUUCCCGUUUUCCUUUUCCAUUGCCAAACUUUAAACAUUCAGCAGAUUACAUUACAUGGAAGUGAGUGCUCAGUUGUGACAUUUGCAGGACCCUGAUGACAGUUUUCCAGAUAAUUUCCCUUGGCUCAUCUCUUAAGGAUUUAUUAAUUUGUAUACAAUGCCAGAAAUUUCCAUACAGUCUGUUGUGCAAAAGAGGCCAAAACCAUGACCAUUUAGAAUUAUUCCUCCAUGCCAUUGUCCCAUUUCAACUAACUGAUCAACCCAUGUAUUGCUUUGCUACUUUGUGAACAGCCCAGCUCUCUCAACACACAUUAACAAAUAUACAUAAAUGGAAGAGUGCAGAUGGCAGGGAGGUUGAUCCACAUCACUUGCUAUCAGCAUUGUUAGUUUAUACAUUAGAAUAAUCUGGCCAAAAACAAGCCAUUCAGCCCAACAAAGCCCACCAUUCCUAUCUACUUACUUCUUUUAAAAUACCAUCAAGUCUAGUUGUUAGUUCUUAAUGCUGCAGCCAUCACUACUGUACAUAGUGAUCCAUGGGUCCGCUCUGCACCAGCUUCAUCAGAGAGUGACUGCUGUUUAAUUCCGGAUUCUUGCCCAGUGUUCAUUUUUGCCAUGUAGAGGUUUCACUGACUGACGUUUUGUGAGCAUGUCAGUUGUGUCACAGUGGCUUACCUUCCUGGUAAGACGUAGUGCUGCUGACUGUAACCAAAGCCUUUUGAAUCAGUUUAAUGAUGACCAGCUUCCAACCGCCAUUGUUUUUAAUGCCUUACCCAUCCCAUGAACAAAAAAGUAAAUCGAGCUUUACUAUCGGGAAGAUUUGGUAAAAGCUUUGUCAAUUUAUCUUUUAAAGUGACCGAUUUUUGGGUGUGACGAAGCUCGAGUUGCAUGCUUGUCACCCUUUGAUCGUAGCUUUACCGCUCAGUUAAAGCUUUUAAAUCCCACCUGUGAUUACUGUGUUUAACCUGAGAAACAAAGUGUCUUGCCAGCUUGGUCUCUCUGGCUUUGAAUAUGCCUUUAGUUCACUAACACUAAUAUUAUAAGCACCCCCAUUGCAAGUAAUUCACCUUUGACACGUUUCACAAAUUGUUGAGGAAAAAAAAAAAAAAAAUCACAUCAGAUAUGGCCUGCAGGCAGGGUAUGUAUUAUGCAGUAGUGUGAAUUGUACAGUAUUUAUUUGGCCUUUUCCUUUAUUCUCUUUACACUUUUCCAUGACUGAUAAAUAAAUCAGUUUGCUUUUUGUGUUGAAUAUUGAUGGUAACGAUGUAUCCUACUUUUGGAAUGAAAAAUAUGAAUGGUUUUCUAAAACUAGUUUGUUGUUCGAAAGGGUAUUUUGAUAUCUUAUUUCAGAAAAAUUGAUGUUUUAGAUCUUGUGAAUUUGUUACUCAUUGCAAUGCAGCUGAUUUUUUUCUGUACUUGAAAAUGCCAUGUAAAUAUUAAAAUAUUUCUUAGAUUUAAAGG